AUGACUAUUUCAAAAAUAUUUAAAAAUUUAAAUUCUACAAAUUAUAAACAAAAUAAGUCAUUCAUUGAAUAUUCCAAUGAAUAUUAUCAAAAUGGUUCUAAUCAAGAAGGAAAUAAAUUAUCAAAUCUUUUUGGAUAUGGAGAUAAUGGAAAUUAUGUCUCUGGUGGAGUUAGAUCAAUAGUACCUCGUUAA